AUGCCGCACGAGAUGGAGGAGAACGGUGCUGAGGUCUCAGAUGUCAUGUCUGAGAACGAGGACGAGACCGAGACUUUUCUCAAGGACGACGAGAAGAUGACGGAGCAGAGCACCACCGAGAGCACCACCGAGGUCAAGAAGAAGUACGACCCCAAGGACCCCCUGCGCCCCAGAAGGAAAAAGGCGCGGAGGGCGUGCUUUGCGUGUCAGCGGGCUCAUCUGACUUGUGGAGAUGAGAGACCAUGCCAGAGAUGCAUCAAGCGAGGCCUCGCCGAUGCCUGCCAGGAUGGAGUCCGCAAGAAGGCCAAAUACCUCCAUGAUGCUCCCCCGGAGGCCCUUCGACCCGUCCUCGGUCCCAACUACAACCCCAACCCUACGCCCUCGCGAACCAACGGCCAUCGUCACAGCUCGAGUCACUCGGAUAACCUGUCGACCACGGGCAGCAACUUCUUCUCCCAGGGAAGCACCGCGUCGUUGCCUGUCUACUCGGCCGGUGCCCAGACCCCGGUUGCCAUAGAUGGCUUGCCACCCUUCAACCCUCAAGCAUCCCCGACGUCAUUCCAAGGCCCGAUCAACAAUGCCGCCCACACGCCCAUGAACAACAUGAUGCCUGCAGGUAACAUGGACUUCAAUGCCCUCUUUGAUCCCAGUAACCCUGCCCUGUACAACUUUGAUCUUGAAGGUCUCAACUUUGGUAGUCAGUACGCCGGAUGGGAGUUUGGCAUCCUCAACAAGAUGGCCCUCGGCGCUGAGACGCCUCCGCGGGAGAACUCCAUGUCACAAACUCCAACGACUGAGGCAAACUAUGCCGCCCUGUUCGGGAACGCAAGCAACGGCUUUGAUCAUCCCAUGUUGGGGGCCGACUUCUCGGGUAUGGACCAAAAUAACCAGUCUCUAUAUGCGCAGGGCAACCUCCAGCACGGACUACCCCAUGCUUAUGCCAUUGCAGCUGGGCCUACGAGCCUUGCCAGCCCAAGUACGGACACGACAGCAAGCCCGCACUCGGUUGCGGGCAUGGAUGGUUCACCAAACCACAACUUUGCUGGUAUCCCAACGGUCCCGGCCGCGACACGACCCAGGCCGAAACACAACAAGGCUGGCCCCAAAUCGAUCCUCGGCAAGAGGCAACGAGACUCUGCCGCCAUCUACGAGAGCGUCAAGGAGCCGUAUCCUUAUACCACCGGAUUCCACAACAUGGUGGCCGUCCUCCGAAACCGUCUGCCCGGCAACAAGCUGCUGCGGAUCGCCAAAGCGCUUGGCGAGAUUCGACCGUCGUUCAUCUCUUGCACCAAAGACCUGACCAGACAAGAUCUCAUCUUUAUGGAAAAGUGCUUCCAGCGUACCUUGGUCGAGUACGACGAUUUCCUCCAGCACUGCUGUGCCCCUACGAUCGUCUGCCGAAGAUCUGGAGAAGUUGCCGCCGUUAACAAGGAAUUCACAGCGCUGACUGGGUGGACAAAGGAUGUAUUGCUCGGAAAGGAGCCCAACCUGAACGUCAAUGUUUACAGCGGCCGAUCGACCAACGGAACCAACACGCCAGAACACAACGCGCAAGGCGAGAUGACGACACCGCGACCUCAGAGGGCCAUGCUUGACCUCAGCGGUGGACGACCUCAGCCCGUGUUCUUGGGCGAGCUGCUAGACGACGAUAGUGUUGUCGAGUUUUACCAAGACUUUUCACAACUCGCAUUCGAGGAUAGUCGAGGCAAGGUACAACGAAGCUGUCGACUCAACAAGUACCGAGCACCGCAGGACCCGGACCAGAAAGAGCCAGGUUCCCAGAAAGAUGCGCAACCAGGCAUUCUCAGCAGCCGAGUGACGCGAAUCGACGGCUCGCACGGCAUCUCGAGGAUCGAGAAGGACGGCAAGGUGGAAUGCACCUAUUGCUGGACCAUUAAGCGGGAUGUUUUUGACAUUCCCAUGAUGAUUAUCAUAAACUUUUUGCCACGAUAUUUACCUGACCAAGGACCUCAGCAACUCGCAGUCUAG